AUGCCACAAACACCAUACCCCGGCGGUGAAGUCACUAGGAUCCUGAUCAGCUUAGAUGUCGGCUCCUCCGAGACCAAGGCUGUAUAUAUGCUCCUCAGAAGCGAUGGUCUGAGGUUGGGACACACUGAGUCUGUCCUCCGAAAGGCCAUACCCGUGGUAUGGGAAAAUGGCCAAGCAAGCAUCCCAACGCAGCUAGCAUAUGUGGCAGAUACGAUCUCGGAUACCUUGACGUACCGACAAAUCUGGGGCUGCGAAGUGACACAAUACCUCGAAGAUGGGAAAAUACAGGGUGAAGACGUGUUGCGGUAUUUCAAGCCGGUCCUUUGGGGCGCAGACCAGCGGGAUCGGGACAUUCUUCGUAACCAAAUCAGAAGACUCCCGCAGGCAGUAAGGGAGACUGCAAUGCUGAAAGAUCUCACUGGACAAGGAAGACGCCGACAUAUCGAACCAGCAGAUUUAUAUGCCGAUAGCCUCCGCUAUGCGUAUGCAUAUGUCCUGCGGAAGAUUGCGGAGAGCGAAAGGGAGCUGCUUUUGCCGCUCCACGAUGACCUCAACCUGUACCACGGGUUUGUGCCUGAUGGCAUACAAUUGGAAGUUGGUAUACCCCUUCCAGGUGCAAGCACUACGGAACAAGUUCAGCUUGUCAUCGCGGCAGCAAGGAAAGCCGGUAUUGCAAACCCAUUCCCUGUGGCCGAGCCUACAGCGGCUCUGACAUACUACUUUCAAUCCGAGUUUGAGAUGGAAAACCCGCCACCUGAUGGGAGUACCGUCAUGGUUGUUGAUCAAGGUGGCGGUUCUGCAGACGUUCAGGUACUGUGCAGACAACAGUCCAAUCACGGGUUUCUUGUCCGCGAGAUGGUCCACGGAGACACCGAAUGGUGUGGCGGAAGGCUUGCGAAUGAAAUAUGCCGAAAGGGCAUCAUGACCAUGCUUAAGGCAUACCCCUCCGAUAUGCACAAGGUUCUGGACUCUCUUGCUACCCCUGAAGGCCCAAUGACAGUGCGAGAGUUCGAAAUCCUUCUGGAACAGAAGUUCGAAAAGCCCAAGCGUGGUUUCACAGGCAGGGAUCCUGCCGAAAUCAGGAUAGAUGGCUUUCCCAGCAUCCCCAGCCUUGGAUACAAUCAGAUUGGGAGGAUCCCGUUGUCUCAAGAAGACAUGGCUGAAAUGUUCGCUCUUUCUAUUGACAAAAUCAAUGCCAUGAUCUGUCGGACCAUCGAAAAAGUCCAUGAAGCCGGAGCCACAGUGGACAAGAUCUUAUUGGUGGGUGGAGGGUUUAAUAGCCGGUAUAUGCGCAACCGCAUACGCCUCACCUAUGAGUCCACUGAAGACUCCGCUGCAGGAUAUCCCAUCCCGGUCGCCGCGCCCCACGAGAGGGCCACUUCAAGUUCCAGCACAGUAGCAUAUGGGUCACUGCUGCUUCUUGCCGACAAAGCAUUCAUCAAUGAACGGAUUAUCCGCCGAGGAUUCUGCGUGGCGUGGGACAAAGACAAGAGCGAAAUCCCUGGCCGGCGGUAUCCGGCACAUAGGGUCUUUCGAGACCCCCAUGAUAAUGUUGUGUGUGUUCGGGAGGUGGCACGAUAUCUAAUCCGAGCGGGCGAUCGUCUUCCUUGGAGCAAGUAUGUCGAGGUCUGCGAAGGCUGGCGUGCUCUGUCCCUCCAGGAGAAAGGCCAAAUCAAGCAUCAAUGGACCAUCCGGGAAGCACUGUACUACUGCGACAAAGCAUGUCGAGACAACGAUCUUGUACGCGAUAGUACUCGCAGUGGUAUUCAUCCCAUGCCGAACCCGAUCCUUUUCGAGCUUUCCGAAAAAGAAUGCGAAGGGUUUGAGUUCCGUGCCGCGGAUGGUAGUGAUCCACCUGACUGGUACCGUUAUGUUCAAUACGAAGUUGCCUUGAUCUUGGAGGGAAUGAGAAUGACUUUCGAGCUGAGGAUCCCAAGGUCGGGUAAGCUGGGACCAAAGCGCAGCUACCUGGAAAGGUAUGGACCUGAUCCUAUUGUGAAGUCAGGAGAGUACGACAACAGGGGUGUCUUCAAGCUCAUCGAUUCUUAUGUCUAA